UCUUACCGCGCCUUCUUUGUGUUCAAGUCCUUAUCUCUCUCUCUCUUUCUCUUUUUCUGAAAUAUCUUCAAACCCUUCUCAUAAAUUCAAAGAGAUAUUUACACAUAAUCAUCGCCCACGAGUUUGAAUUCCCAAUUCUCAUUUUUUCCGAUUACCUGAAUUCCGAAAUACCCAUCUUCUGAUCCGUAUCUACCGUUCUUCAUAAUGCAAGCGGAGGAUAACGAAAACCACCGUCACAACUUCUUGCAUCAGAUCCACGUUUCAAAUCAUUCCAAUAACCAUUCAAUGAUACCCACAUCCUCCUCCGGCGGUCGACGGUUCGUGGAAUCGCCGCCUCCCAAAUCAAACCCUAGAUUCCUAUUAGUCAUCCUAAAGGGCAUAAUCAUGGCUCUUAUAAUAACCCUUUUCUUCCUUUUAUUAGGUAUAGCUGCUGUUACCCUUCUUCACUUUAUAAUUGCAGGAGGUGCUUUACACAUUCGCCGUCUUCUUCGAUCAUCAUCUUCUUCGUCUUCGUCUUCACCGUCGUCAAUCCGAUUUCUAUCAGAUUCAGUCACGUCUGCUUACUCGGCGGAGGAGCUACAUAGGUCGCUUACAAGUAUUGAGUAUUCGGAAGAGGAAACAGAGGAAAAGGAAUGCGCAAUAUGUUUGGAACGUUUUAAGAUGGGUGCCUUGAUUCGGAGGCUACCGGAUUGUAGACAUACUUAUCAUUCAAAUUGUGUGGGGAGAUGGCUGAUGAGAGUUGCUAAUUGCCCUAUUUGUCGGCGGCGGGUGGUGUUGAAUAAUACGGUUUCACUUGAUGGGUCAGGAUUUGAUGAUGAUGAAGAGAUUGAUAGGAUCUUUUGGGAAUGAUCUGUUUUUUUGAUUAGUUUUAUGUUUGGAGGAGCUAGGAUAUAGGGUUUGUAAGAGUCUUGAAUGCCUUUCUGGUUUGUUUUUCUUCAUGAUGUUGAUAUGAAUUGAAGCUUAAUACUGUUAUUAAAAUAACCCAGUUUCUUCUUUUCAAGUUCUUCAAUGGCUGCUUUUGAGCUCAUAUCUAUGAUAUAAGAAGUUCUUGUUGGAACUUGAGGA